GAAUAACAUCUCCAUCUGUCGCGUUGCACAGAAAAAACAUCCAUAUCACUCGGCAACACGGUAUCGCGCUCGGUGCGCCGUCAACAACACAAACACCUACUAAAAGAGCUCGCGGCCACCAACUGCUUCAUCCUCGGGCCCGCUCGACACUCUUGUUACAUCUUGCUCUCUCGAGCACCAUUUCCUGUUCGCCGUUGGGACCUCACGUCGGCCCCGCGCUUGCUCGCUGCCUCGACUCGCCGUUGGCGGGUGGGAGUAUUUUUUUUUUUGAUUUUUUUUGCCUUUCCCUCCCACUGAGGGACUGGACAGGACUGGACUAGGAAUCCCCCCCUCGCUCAAUUCUCUCCGCCCGCCCCCCAUUCCAUGUCCUGAACGAGGGGCUCAUCCUUACGCCGCGCCUGAGACGCAUUCCUCCAAAACGGAACCCCUUACUGCUUGGCCCCCAUAACCCUCGAUUCCUCCCCUUGUCUGGCCCCCUGGCUCGGCCACUUCAGGAAGUUCGACCUCCAUCUGGAACUCUGCAUUCCCCGGACGGACGCAUCGCCAAACGCAGUUGACGGGCGCCGCCCCCAUCCAAGUCCCCCAUCGUUGCCGUUGCUACUUUUGCGCGCCUCGUCGCCGCCCAUUCAGCCGCCGCCGCCGCGUCUGCUGCUGCUGCUGCUACUGCUGCUCCUGCAAAUAAGCCCCAGAGGGCUCACAGACCUCUUCCGUCAAAUACCGCGGCCACUCAGCACCUGAGUCUGCCCAACCCGACACCCAAUCACCAGGGCCACGCCACGGGUGCCACCGUCAAGAUGGUAUCCUUUUCCUGUGAGGCGUGCGGUGACGUCUUGACCAAGAAGAAGCUCGACCCUCACCGAAGCCGCUGCCACGGAGCCUCUUUCACCUGCAUCGAUUGCAUGGUCCACUUUCAAGGUGUCCAAUAUCGCUCUCACACCUCGUGCAUAACUGAAGACCAAAAGUACCAAGGCGCCUUGUACAAGGAGAAGAACAAGAAGCAGAAGCAGCAUCACGACAAGCCAAGCGAGCAGAAGCCAACCGCACAGAAGCACAACCAACAGCCCAAGAACAUGGCUCAGCAGCCAUACGUCGAAGACGUCGGGGAAGAUAGAGAGUACGAGCCGUGGAACGACUCAACUGGGCAUACGGAAGACGAACGAUCCCCUGCCGAGCCGCCACCAGAGGCUCCCACCCCUCCCGCCGCGGCGACUGAGGAACACGUCAACGUCUUCGACUUUUUGGUCGCGACAGGCCAGACUCCAAAUGCCUCCAACAUGAACCUUCCACGGGACCAAAUGGGUCCCGACGUCGGCGACAGCACCUCGCUGGUGCGGUACGAGUACAAUGCGGAAGAAUACCUCGAUCCGACCUCCUUCAUGGACGCCGACAACGAGCCCCUCGUCCAGUAUGGCACCGGGCCGGUUCCCUCAGGCGCCUUCGUCACCCCUGCAUCCAAGAGCGAGCGACGCAAGACAAAGGACAGCGAAGUCAAGAAGGACAAGAAGCGCAAGCGACUGCAUGUCGAAGUCCCGGGUGACCAGGUCAUGACGGACGCCCCUCCCGUCCUGCACUCCGGCUUGACAGGCGGUCUGAAGAGUCUCAUGCGACCGACGCUGCCUCCCUCCCCUGACUAUUCUGGCGGAGAUGUCGCCGACAACUCACCAGCCAGCCCCUUGAAGAAGACGAAACACUCGAAGCACGCCAAGAACACACACAUCGGCAACAGCCUCUUCGAUAUGAUUACCGGUGGCUCCAAGUCCAAGAGCCACAAGAAGAAGCCGACCUCGAAGAAGCAAUCCCAUCGUCACAAAGAGCGCAAGGAGCCCAAGCUCAUUGAAUUCCGACCACAGUCCAAAGAUGGCAAGUCUGACAAUGUGGACGGUCAAAUGGUUGUAUUCAAGCCACGCGCCGAUGCCUUCCUCAGCUUCGUCAACAAAGGACCAGAGAGUGAGCGCGGCUGCAGUGUCAACAAGGCCCUUAAGCGCUAUCAUCGCGAGCGCCAGGCGUCGGGUACGGGUAUCGGCAAGACUAAGGAAGAGAAGGAGCUAUGGAAGGACCUGCGACUUCGACGAAACGAGCGAGGCGAAAUCGUGCUAUUCUCGAUCUCGGAAUGACUGCUGAUUUCAUCGGACACACACACCCAAAAAAAAAGGCGAAAACCAUGGUAAUUGGAGCCGUCUGACUACGGACCGCAAGUGAUCGGAUAAAACCGUCGGAACGUCGGGAAUACUACAGGAGUUUACGGUGUUGCGGGCAAAGCUACGGUUUUUGCAAGGUACCUUGCCAUCUGCUUCGACAAUGUCAUUUAUUUUCUACUUGCCGGUGGUGGACCGGGAUAAACGGGUCUUUGGAGCUUCCUCGGUGUACAACUACAUGGCAGAAGCUCUGAGCUGGACUCACGGCACGGAUGGGGUGAGGGUGAUGUACGAUGUUGGGGCGCGGAUGGCUGCUGACUUUGCAUGCAGCUGGCAAGGCAACCACGCGCAUGGCUCGUGGAUUCAUGAUUGGAGAGGCAUAGCAGAGCGAGCGAGCAAGGCGGUAAUGAUUGGGGGGAGCAAUGAUACCAUGGAUAGGCAUAGCAUCUGCAUCGAAUGAAAAUUUUUCUAGUCGUC